AUGGCCACUCCUGAUCUUGCUGUUAAGCACACUGCCACGUCCUCGGGUGCUCCUACUCAGAGCAAGGCGUCAGACUCUCCCAUUGGCACCAUCUCCCCUCUGAGCCCCAACUCGACUGCUGUGUCCAUCGAUCUGGGUGUGCAGGCACUUUUCCCAGCCAUUCGUGCUCUCUUCGACUAUCUCCGCGACCACUCGGAUGACGCUGCCAAGCUUAAUGCAACCUAA